GAAGCGCGGUGCAUAGUGUGGCAUUACUUUUGGAUCAAUCCUUGUACGAUGAGGUGUGACUUGAACAUUAAAAUAUAAGGACAUUAAAAUGUAAGGAAGAAAUAAAAAAGCACUCCGUUUUUGCUUCAUACGGGAUGUAAUGGUUCACAGAUCGUUGAACAUUAUGACAGGUUUGUAAGCGACACAUAACCAUAUUUAAUAUGUAGUUAUAAAUAUCAAUACCACUAAUCAAAAAACCUUCAGUUGAUACCUGGGUGCAUGAUAUUGAUCCGUGUGAAUACAUAUACUUUUAUUAAAAUCUCUCUCUCUCUCUCUAUUUGUCAUAGUCAUGCUCGUUCGUGGGUAUCUUGCGUUGAUAGAUGGUCGUCAUAUUUUUUUUAAUGAAUAUAAUUAUACAUGCAUAAAUACAUUUCCAUACACAGGAUGCUAUUUGUGUGCAUUGUUUGGAAAAUAAGAAUGUUCAUCUUGAUAGUCAUCAGUCAAAUUUUUCUCUUAAACGUAGCACCAAGCCAUCUAUAAAGUUUAUGUAAAGAGUGUAUAGGUAAGGAGACACAUUCCUUUUACAACGGAAUGGCAGAACCAAUGUGACAAUGCAAUGGGCAGUGAUAUAGUGCUAUCUCUGGUCACUACUGUCCAGUUUAUGGCUCUUACGAUGCCGAGAAGAACAUUAAUGUAAAACAUAGCCAUUCCUUAUCAUCAUUAUAGAUUUGCAUUUGCGUGAGGAGACCCGUCAUCUGAAAGACUGUGACAGUCGGGCAGUAUGCUGAGGGUGUCACUGCGGAUUUUCUCACGGUGGGGACACAGGGUUGCCCUCACCCUUCUGGCUUUGUCUGUGUGUCUGUAUCUUAACACGCUCUGGCACUACUUACAAGUAUACCGCAAUGAAGAUGGAAUACGACAAAAGCAAAGAUUUGAGGAAGUUACUACUGGGGAAAUGACUAACCAGAAAACAUGGCUGAUGAUUGGCAUUCCCACUGUUUGCCGCAAGAACGAGAAUUACCUGAGUUCAACCUUGUCGUCUGUUGUCAAUCACUUAUGCGGGGUCAAAGGCGUCUCCGUUGUCGUCUGUGUAUGUGAUACUCGGCGGGAAUGUAGGGAAAACAUCAAAACCAACUUAACGCGAACGUUUCUCCCACAUAUAAAAAGUGGACUGAUUCACGUCAUAGAAACUCCGGGGAAUUUGUACACAUCCUUGUCCAGUCUGAAACGCACCUUUAAUGAUUCAGAGGAAAGGGUGCACUGGCGCUCCAAGCAGAAUUUGGAUUAUUCUUAUCUGAUGCAGUACUGCGCCAAUAGAUCUGACUAUUACCUACAUUUGGAAGAUGACGUUAUCACCGUUCCUAAUUUUAUAGAUAAGAUACAAAAUUACAUGGAAAGCGUCAACAAACCAUGGGCCAUGCUAGAAUUUUCUACGCUGGGCUUCAUAGGAAAAUUCUUUAAGUCAAAUGAUGUAGAAAAAUUGGCCAGUCUUCUACGAGCCUUUUACAAUGAGCAGCCCUGUGACUACUUAAUCUUUUUUUACUUAAAAAUCAUGCUUCAACACGACAGGUUUUUUAGAAUCCCGUCUCUCUUUCAACACAAGGGUCACUUUUCAUCUAUGCCAAACUUGACAAGAAAUAUAACCGAAUCAUUUUCCCACUUCCCAGCAUUCAAAAAACGUUUCAAUGGUGAUAACCCGGAUGCAAAAAUGUUUACGUCACUGUCGCCAUGGAUGUCUUUUAAGCCCAAAUUUGCAUAUUCUACAUCUGACAAUGAAAUGUUCUGGUCCACUACACCUCAAGUCGGAGACCAUUAUACUAUAAUUUUCAAAACCCCUCAAAGGCUAUCCCGAAUUGUGGUUCUUACUGGGAAAGCCCAUAGGAAUUUUGUUGAUUUCCUUCACGGAGGAGUUCUAGAAAUUGGAACAGACGUGAAGAAGAUUUCACAAACAGACCACGCUUGUUCAAAUCUUACUGUAGUCGGACAUUUCGAUAGAGGCACAGUUGAUGUUAACGUGCCCCGUUCACCAAAGCCAACUAAGUGCUUGAAAAUAAAAGUGACUAAAAAGCAAGAAUCAUGGCUAAUCAUUAGAGAAAUUGCUGUAUUUAUACGUGUGGAUGGUCAAUAGAACGUAUUAUAUUAGAGUUUUACUCGUUACUCAUUUGUCAGAAACAAUUAACUCAACACCAAUUUUACUAAAAAAAACCCCACUGACAUUAUAAAGUAGAAACCGUCACCAAUGCUUGUAUUAAGGAUAGGAAAAGGAAUUAGGAUGGAAGUUUCAAAAGUAAAUCGGCAUUGUUUAUAAAAUACGUCAUCAAGCCAAUGGAAUGAUUACAAAGGACUUGUGUGGCCCCGGAGGUAUAAAGUGAAUAUUAAACAUUAACACUGACAUUCGUGGAAGUAUAGGUCGACUGAGGCGGCAGGUGUGCAGACAUGCAGACGAAAAACUCACUAUCUGUAACAUCCAUACGUAUUGCAAGUCUUUUCCUUGUGUUGAGCACGAGUGUUGUCUUUGCGGAAAAAUGCUACAGUAGCUGGUUUGAUAAUGUUCUCGUGUACCAGUAUUGUUCACCACCAGGGAGCAGCUGCAAUACAGCUAAGGACUCAUUGGUCAAAUUCUGUCAAACAGAGCUAGCCGCAAAAAUCAAUGAAACUGUGAACAACUAUUACUUCUUAAAAAAACGCGCCCUGUCGUUUGAUCUAGUGGAAUGUCUCCGAGCGACAACCAAGGCAGACUGCGCAGCCAAGAACUGCUUCUGGUUCUCCGGAAAAGACUGUAUUCCUAAAGAACUGGUUCCAUAAGAAAAGAGGGAUACCGGGGGGAAAAGCUUGGAGUAGACAUGUUUAUAUAACAAUGUUGUGCAGCUUCUUAUACAUCGUUUUUUUAAUUAAUUGCAUCAGACAUUCGAUUACGAUUAACUUUGAUCGUGUGUUGUGAAGUAGUAAUUUUUUUUGGUUUUAUUUAUGCUAUUGUAUUUGUGUUAAUGGAAAAUAAACUAAGCAAUUUUCUGCAAUAAGAUGGAAAAACUUUGAAAUUUAAAUUAUGCAUUUUCAUCGAUAAAAAUCGAUACGAUUG